UCCUAUAUAUUUCAGACCAUUUCUCCAGUUUGUCAAAAUCAUUUUGAAUUCUAAUCCUGUCCUCUAAAGUGCUUGCAUCCCUUCCCCACUUUGUAUCAUCUCCAGAUUUUAUACGUGUACUCUCUGCCAUAAUCCAAAUCAUUUGUGAAGAUAUUGCAUAGAACCAGACAGAGGACUGAUCCCUGCAGGACCCCACUCAAUAUGCUCUUCCAGCUUGAUUGAACCAUUAAUAACUAUUCUGAGUAGUUUUCCAAGCAUUUGUGUACCCACCUGAUAGUAGAUUCAUCUAGGCUGUAUUUCCCUAGUUUGUUUAUAAGGUCAUACGAGACAGUAUCAUAAGCCAUACUAAAGUCGAGAUAUCUCACAUUCUAGGGCACCCACCCCUACCCUUCUGUGGGCUCAGGGCAUAUCCCUCUUCAGGUUGGCUGGACCUUUUCCCAGCUAAAAGAGCCUUUACACAGUAAAUCUUUAACUUGAAUUUAUUAGCAGUUGAUCAACAGAACACACACCAAGCAUACAAUGGCCACCACUGCUGAUAAAGCAGGCGAUCUCUUCCUGCUGGUCAGUUGGAAUCGGAUAGUCUGUGGCUCCAACUUUUGCACAGAAUGGUCGUGCAGGGUAUUGAGUUUUGGCAGCUUUAUUCUUGGGCUGUGUCCUGGAAUUGGGUUCCAAAGAAUUUCUUCUUGGAGCCCAGUUUAUAUAGUCAAACUUUGGUUAAGGUAUAGAUAAGCAGGACCUAUCGUUUAAAGUAUUACGAAAUAAUGUUAUUUGCUAAUCUUAAUACACUACUUUUUACAUACUAGAGUCAGUUUAAAUUUUGCUAAAUCAGUUAUGCAACAAACAAAGGAGAGAACUAAUUAAAGGUCAAACAAAAGGGAAGUAUAGAUUUCCCAACUGAAACUGCUGAUAAGAGGUUCUGCCAGACAGUGUGUUAUCUUGCCAAGUUUUCCUUUAAACAUCGUAAUGUCUUUCUGUUCAUCUGGUCACUGUUUCUGCUAUACUUCCCUAGGGUUAGAAUUCUUUCUUAACAACCUGAUAUGACAUUGUUUUGGUGUCAUUUAGACGGAACAUGACUCCUUAUUUUUAGCUAAUGGCCGCUGCUCCUUUCUGCAGAAAGGCCUUAGACUACAUCAUCUACCACUUCCCCCUUAUCCACAAGGCUUGUUAUACUGUACUGGUGUCAUAGCGGAGGGAGUGGGAAGCAAGAGAGAUUGACAAAAAGAGGUCAACUAAGACAGUGGCAGUGCAUAUUAGUUUAUAAAUGCCUUCACACUAAAUUAUUGUCUGGGCAUGAAGUUUAGACUGAGUACUACUAUAUAGCACACUAUUCCUCUUCUGGUGAAGAUAGUACCUCAUAUAACUCUUUAAUUAUUGGUCUGUGGAGUUAAGAGCAGAAUUGACUGACUGACUCCUGGAGGGAGUCUCAUUCAGUUUCCUUUAGCAGGAUAAAUGAUUGUCAUAAAGGAGCACUGGGAAGGUGGGUUUUGGUAGAUACUCCAGUGAGAAAAAAUCCCGUUGGGCUGGAAUAACCAAAACACCAGUCUAGGUCAAUAAAAAUUUAAUUACUGACCGUGGGCUGAACUAGCUGUUGACCUGCACCUAAAAAGUGCAGCAAUUGACUAGGAGCAGCAAUUGACCAGUGGAGUUAGCUUGAGACUGAAAAAUGCAAAAUUAGCCUCAAACUUCAGUUAUCGCAUACUUCACUGAAGUGAAGAAAAGGAUGAUUUGCCUACCCACUCCAGUACUCUGCUAAAUUCGUUCUCUUUGGCUGUACUCAUCCAGUUAUGCCUCAUCCUACAAUUGGAGAUGAGUGCAUGUGACUGAUAGUGGUUAUAAAACUUUGGAUCACCAUAUUCUUGUCAUGUGAUCAUAUUUGAGACCUUGGUUGUUCCUGGACAGUCACUAAGAUUUUUUUCCUAGUCUGCACAACCUUUUUCCUGAACAUUAACAGCUUCCAAACAAAGGACACAAAAAGAGAGAGGAAGAAAAAGGAGAAGAUUCCAUUGACACUGAAUGCAGCGAACUAGGAAACAUGGAUCUGAAAUUCAGCUCCUCAAGGAAAUAUAUUUCGAUCAGCGUACCUUCCAAAUCGCAAGCCAUGUCACCUCAUAUCAAAUCAGUAGAUGACAUAAUCGUUCUUGGCAUGAAUCUCAGCAAAUUUAACAAACCCACUCAGUUUUUUAUUUGUGUUUCUGGAGUUUUUAUGUUUUAUCUAAUCUAUGGAUAUUUACAGGAACUGAUAUUUUCAGUGGAGGGCUUUAAGCCCUUUGGUUGGUACCUUACUUUAGUGCAAUUUGGGUUUUAUUCCAUUUUUGGACUAAUAGAACUGCAGCUUAUUCAGGAUAAAAGGAGACGAAUCCCAGGGAAAACCUACAUGAUAAUAGCCUUUCUAACUGUAGGGACUAUGGGUUUAUCAAAUACCUCCUUAGGAUAUCUGAAUUAUCCUACUCAAGUCAUCUUUAAGUGCUGUAAACUGAUUCCUGUUAUGAUAGGAGGAGUCUUUAUACAAGGAAAACGUUAUAAUAUUGCAGACGUGUCUGCUGCAAUGUGUAUGAGUCUUGGCCUAAUAUGGUUUACUUUAGCUGACAGCACAAUCGCACCAAAUUUCAACUUGACAGGUGUGGUCCUUAUAUCCCUUGCUCUCUGUGCAGAUGCUGUUAUAGGAAACGUGCAGGAAAAAGCUAUGAAGUUGCACAAUGGUUCCAAUUCAGAAAUGGUUCUGUAUUCCUAUUCAAUAGGUUUUGUGUACAUUUUAUUGGGAUUGACAUGCAGUAGCGGAUUAAGCCCUGCAGUAACAUUUUGUUCAAAGCAUCCAGUUCAGACUUAUGGUUAUGCAUUCUUUUUUUCCCUGACUGGAUAUUUUGGAAUAUCCUUUGUUCUAGCAUUGAUUAAAAUCUUCGGUGCCCUUCUAGCUGUAACAGUAACAACAGGAAGAAAGGCAAUGACCAUUGUGCUCUCUUUUUUGUUCUUUGCAAAGCCAUUCACAUUCCAGUACGUGUGGUCAGGUUUAUUAGUUGUCCUGGGUAUAUUUCUGAAUGUUUACAGUAAGAAUAUGGAUAAAAUCAAGCUGCCUUCACUACGAGGUCUUUGCAACAAAACUGUGGAAGACAGACAGACAAGGACGUUGUCACAAACUGUGUAGACAGUGGUUUUAUGCCAUGUCUUGAAUCUGACUUAUUUUAUUGGAACAGUCUUCACCUGGUUCACUUUCCAAAGGGAACAUUAUUAAAACCAAAGGAGCUGAAGGCACAUUGUCGGCUUGCAGAUGAUUUGACAUGAACACUUUUAUGUGAGCCUUCUCUUCAGAGCACUUGAAUUCAUCAUAGGUGUUAUAUACCAUUGUCAGAAGGCAUUAUCAAGCCAAUGAAGGAAAGCAACUCCUGGCAGACUGCUGAAAAGCUAUGUUCCAAAUGGGGGACAGAAGAACAUUAAUUUGGGCAUUUUUAUCAUAUCAGAUGUGGCUGAUUUGAGAUUAGUGGUUCUUUCUUUUUAUUGUUGGGCUGGGAUUAUUUAAAAGUAAUACUGUAUUAGCACUUAAUGGAAGCUAAUCAGCAACGGAUUGACCAAAUUGAAAUUUUAAAGUUGGAAGAGGUAGAAUACAGUAUGUCAUGAUUUUUCAUUUUAAAUAAAAAUUCAGUUUAAAUUCUUGA